UGGCGUGCAGAGGUAGGACAAUAGUGUGGCACAAUAUCUCACUAUGGAUAGUUACAGAUGCUUUCAGUGUCUUGAUUUAAUUAGGGGGGAUAUUUCUUGCCUAUUCCAUCAUUUAAAAUACACACAUACAACAACCAGGGGAAAAAAUGUAAGUAUAACAUGCAUGCAAGGGGCAUGUAGACUAACAUUUCGUACAUUAUCAGGAUAUAGAAAACAUCUCAUUUCAAAGCACGCUGCACGGAUAAAGACGUCAAGCACAACUACAAAAGCAGUUCCAGAUCACCAAAGUGAAACCUGUUAUGAAGGAUCUGUUCUACAUGUAGGAAAGAAUAACAACACUGAAGGGAAUUUGGAACAACUGCACCAGGAAAAGGCAUUGUUUGUUGGAGAAAGCAGUGAGCAGGAAGAUGUCUCUUUUGAAACGCAAACAGAGAGACUACCUGAUAUUGCAGCAAAGUUUGUAGCAGAACUCAGGGCAAGGACUAAUGUGCCUGCUUCACACACCAACAAGGUCAUUCAAACCGCACAAGAUUUGGUUAUUUCUGUGUUACAAACUGUGCAACAGGAUGUGAUGGAUAUCUUAAGUGAGCCACAAUAUGCAGCUAACAGUGAGCUGAGAUCUGAUAUACAAGAUGUAUUCGAGAAUUCAAAGAAUCCAUUUUCAGAGCUCAUGUCAGAUACUCAACAGAAAAAAUAUUUCUCUGAGAAAGGUGAUUUCAUUCAGCCUUGUGAGGUGUUGUUGGGAACUUGCUUAAAACCAAAAAUUGAUCAAAAGACAGGUGAUCCACUGCAAAGCACACAAAAAGAAACCUUUCAAUAUAUACCACUAGCUGACACUAUUAAACAAUACUUAGAGCGACCAGGAGUAAUGAACGCCAUACUGUCUCAAAAAGGAUCAAAAGAUAAUGAUGUUUUGUAUUCAUUCAAAGAUGGUCACUAUUAUAAAAGGCAGGAAGCUACUGCUAGACAAGACUGUGAAUUCUUAGUGCCUCUGUUGUUGUACAAUGAUGAGUUUGAGACAGCCAAUCCGCUUGGGUCAAAACGCGGCAAACACAAGGUAAGUGCCUUUUAUACAAGUGUGUUAUCCCUUCCCAGGAAAUACCAGGCUAGGCUGGAAAAUAUCAUGCUCACAGCUAUGAUCACAUCUCCGCUUUUGAGUAAAUAUGGCAUCUCAGAAGUUUUGAAGGUAAUCAAGGAUGAUCUGCAGCAGAUGUGGACUGAUGGACUCACUAUCAAGUGCAAAGAGUUUGAGGGUAGGGUCAAACCCUACUUAUUCCAAGUUGUAGGGGACAAUCUUGGCAUUCAUGCCAUGCUGGGAUGUACAACCUGUUUCCGUGCCAACUAUUACUGUAGAUUCUGUAGAGGGCAUCGCUCGUUGCUUCAGAAACAGCCAAAAGAGGAUGCCCAAUAUCUCCGUGAUGAAAUAAACUAUGAUACAGAUCUUCAAAAGCCCUUGUCAGAAUCUGGCUUGAAGCAUGCAACAGUUUUGAAUGAAUUGCCUUACUACCAUUCCACCCAAAACUUAUGUCCAGAUGUAAUGCAUGAUUUUACAGAGGGAGUCUUGCCCCUGGAAAUGCACCUUGUUUUGAGUAAACUUGUUCAGAAGGGUUUCAUAACACUGGAUGAGGUGAACAGUAGAAUAUCCUCAUUCAAUUUUGGCUUUGUGGACCGCAAAAACAGACCAAGCCCAAUCAGGCAGGCAUCACUGAAGAAUCCAUAUUCUGCCAGUGGACAGACAUCAGCACAGAUGACGUGCCUUGCAUACAACAUCCCUCUCAUGAUAGGAGACAAGAUUGAUGAGAUGUGUGAUGAGUGGGAACUCUUACUGUCAAUCAUUGACAUCUUCAAAAUCAUUAUGAGUCCCAGUAUCAGUAAGUCUGCCAUCUAUGUCCUGAAGGCAAUGAUUGAUGAUCACCACAGGCUCUUCAUGCAGCUCUUCCCUGAAGCUAGUCUAACUCCGAAGCAGCACUUUCUUGUGCAUUACCCACGUGCACUGAAACACCUUGGGCCACUGACCCAGUAUUCAGCAUUGCGUUUUGAAGCAAUGCACAGACCUUUCAAGCAGAUUGCCAGUGUAUCUUGCAACUACCAAAACAUUGUCAAAACAUUGGCUAACAGAUACCAAAUGGCACGGUGCUACAGGUCAGUAUCAAAUCAGUCACUGGAUAGCCAAGAUAUCAAUGUGUCACAGCAAGCUGCAGCAAUGCUUGGUGAUCUACUUGAUGAUGAGGCACUUUGCAAAAAAAUUAACUGUGGAAGGGGAACCGAAGUUACAGUUGCUGGGAAAGUGGACAUUCAUGGAUAUGAGUUCCGGGCAGGUGUUGAUGUACUUCUAUAUUGGACUGAUGAUGAUGGACCCACGUUUGGACGUGUUCAGCAUAUUGUAGUGGUGCAAGAAAAGUUGUAUCUGCUCCUUCGGCUGUAUCAGACCUUGUACUUCAACAGACAUGUUGAAGCAUUUGCAGUACAGGUGGGCAGAGAGGAAGCACAAGCUGCUGUUGAAUGGUGUGACCUGUUUGAUCACAGGCCAGUCAAUGCUGUCCAGUCCUAUAGUGGAAGAGGGCGCUGCUUGUAUAUUGUGGUGCACCAUUCAUUCAUCUAGGAACAAGAAGUAUCAUGCUGCAAAUCAACAAAGCAUGGAACAAGCAUCAACGUCG